GUCCUAACGGGUUGCCUGUCGGCAGGAGUUUAGUCGGUGCCGGUCCCGAAACGCGUUCACGUCUGGACAUUAUACGGGACACGAUAUUUAAAAUGGCAAUAGACAUGUACAUUUGAUAGGACUGUCGAUUCGAGGGGAUUACCGACUCGGUUCAACCAGAACAAUACGGCAUAAUGAGCGGCUGACGAGGUGUAAUAACGACGCGAUAUGAACGGAUAGUCGAGGGACCGGUGUUUGCCAGUUUAUCCCUUGAAAUUCCAAAACGAGCCAAUUUCGGAAGGGGGGGUGUGAUAUCGUUUCCCGUUCAAUCAACUUCUUGUUAGUUUUCCGCGCGAGAUAGACGUGGUGUGUGGUCAGUCAGGCAUUCUAAUGGCACGCCCGUGACCAAUGAUAUCCCAGGAUAAAGGCGGGAGAGAAAGAAAGCGAUUCUCACCUUAGAGGAAAGAGGGAGAAGAAAAUAUGGGAAAGGGAGACAAGAGGAGUAUCGCGCAGCGCAGCGACGCGGGCACAAAUCUUAUGGGCAAAUUUACACAAAGCGUUCGAAGAAUCGUCCAAGAUGUAAAGGAUGAAGGAACAUCGAGUGGACAAACUAAGGAAGAGGUGAUUGAAACGAACGAGAGACUAAGAAUCGUGAGGAUACGCCUCGAUGGAAGUUACGAGAUUGCGAAACGUGCCCUCGUUGAACUUAUGUGCAAAUAUACCGACAGCAAGCAAGUACGCAACGUGUUUCAACGUUACAACCUCUUAAAACUAAUGAUUAAGGAUGUGAUCAAGUUGGAGACCCAAUAUUGGACUCUGGUGGAUAUACCGAAGCAGGAGAAACAGGAGACCGUGCCUGCCUUUGUCCUGCGCGCCUGUUCCAUUAUGGAGAAGACCCACAAAAGCGGGGAAGGUGUGAAGACUUCGGCCCGACUGGCCGAAGAAGCUGAAACCAAGAGAGAACGCAUUGAAAGACUCGAGAGUAUGACAACAGCCCAAAUCGAAGCAGAGAACACGCAAAUGACUAACGACCUUUAUAGAUUAUUGAAAAAAUAUACAGGACUCAGAAAUCUCAUCCGAGAUUUAAAGGAGGAGUACAAUAGCUCAAAAGUGUAUCCAAUCUUUCCUCGUUAUCCAAUCCUAAAGGACAUGAUCAAGGAUAUAAUGCACAACCCAGACUAUAUGGAGGUCUGUCACGAGGUGGAUCAAGCAUAGCGGCCAGACCCCCUCCACCGUUCUCCACGUAUGACCUUGUAAAUUUCAAGGUCUUAGCGUGGACGUUGGUGAAGGGGGUGAACCGGAAACGAGCCUGGACAUGGCUUACUUCAUCCAUGGUGAACUAUAUUCGCCAUAUACCAAUUCUGUAAAUUUCUUUCACAUCUUGAUAAUAUCCUCUUUAUGAACAUUUAUAUACAUAUCUGUGUUUGUUGCACGCUGAUCAAAAUGAUAAUUUAUCAUAUCGUUAUAUUAUUUAUUUGAUUGUGUACCGAUACAAAAAUUUAUGAGGAAUCACAUAUAUACAUAUAUCACGUGUUACAUGUUAUUUUCAAGUUAAUUUGAAUAUUCUAUUUAUAGUUUGUGAAUGUGAGUAUGUGAAUUAAAGAAAUAAUAAUAGAGAAUGUUGUGUGAAGACAGAAGUAAAAGAAGAGAUUUUAUUAACAAGUUUAUAUAAUUGCGAAGGGAAGAUUCUUUUGAAGCAUGUUGGAAUGAUGCUUUUAGUGUAAUCGAGUCGUGUAUUUAUUCGAAAUCAUCAGAGAUCUGUUACUUGCCAAUGAUGUUAGCGAACGAAUUUGAAUCCAAUGAUGAAAUCCAUUAAUUACACUGUCAAAUAAUUCACAAAAUUUCAAUUCAAAGGAAAGAUGGAUUUGUUGGUAUUUUCAAAAAUUUUGAAAAAAAUAUUUGUAUUUUCCAAAUUACCUAUUUCAAAUAUUCUUAUUUACCACACACUGUCAAAGAGUAAACAAGCAAUAUUACACAAGCAUAAAAAAUAAAAAGAAAAAGAAAAAAAAAUAAAAAAAAACACCAAGUAAUAAAAUGAGAAGUAAUUCCAACACACAAAGAAGAAAUAAAAAUUGAUCAUCAUAGUUUCUUAAUUCCAAUCGGAAUAGCCGCUUGCACGUUGAAACACAAAAAAAA